AUGGUCCGUCAAUUCUCCAAGUUCCCCAAGAAGCCCGCCGACUGGGUGUCUCCUUCGGCGCCGCUGUCCAUGCGGAAGCAAGUCUUCCUUCCCGACUUCACAAUCGCCCUCAUCCGCACGCCCUACCUCCCCCCCCGAUACGCCUCCUUCUACGUGCCGUUGAACUUCAACAAGCUCGACAUCCGCGACUACCUCCAGCGUCUGUAUGGCGUCGACGUGCUCAGCGUGCGCAGCUAUGUCGAGCAGCAGAAGGUCACCCGUCUUAAACCCCAGGACCGGUUCGGGUACGGAAAGUGGAGGAGACCCAUGUCGAAGAAGAAGAUGACUGUGGAGAUGAAGCAGCCGUUCGUGUGGCCGGAGGCUCCGAAGGAUAUGGCAUCAUGGGAAAACGACCAAUUCCACAAAGCCGCGAAAUACCAGAAGCAGAUCCAAGACGAGCAACGACCAGAGGCCGGCACUAAGGCCGACGAGUCCGCGCGCGAGGCCUGGGACGCAGAAGCGAAGAAGCUGCUGGACGGCUCGAAAUCCUGGCGGCCGACUUGGCGCGCCCUGGGCCUGAGCUAUGAUCGUCCGGCCUUCGGGGUAUCAAAGAAGGGAGGCGAGGGUGCUGAGACUUCGACGCCUAGCUCGUAA